AUGAGAGCAGAAAUUGAUAACCAAAACAUUUUACCUGUUGAUUUACAAAUCUCGGAACAACAAUUAGAUUUCAUUAAUGAAAGUAAAAAAUGUUUGAUUCCUAUAAUCGAAACAUUAAUAUUAUGUGGCCGGCAGGGUUUGGCGCUUCGUGGUUCAAAUGAUUCAGGGAGAAUAACCUCCGAAGAACCUUUAACUUACGAUGUCAAUAAAUCUAAAGCAUUUUCAAUAACAGCAGAUGAAACUGCCGAUAUUGCCGGCAUAGAACAAGUCUCAAUAUGUGUAAGGUAUUUAAAUUAUGAUGACAGUAAAUUAAAAAUAUGUGAAGACUUUUUAAGCUUUGUACCUGUAGCAGAUUUAACGGGGAAAGGUUUAUCAAAUGUUAUUUUGGAUUUCCUUGAACAAUCUGGAAUUGACUGUGCUUAUUUAUUUGGACAAGGGUAUGACGGGGCUAGUACUAUGAGUGGUGAAUUUCACGUAGUUCAAUCGUAUAUCAGAGAAAAGUACCAUUUAGCACUCUACUCACACUGUGCUGCCCAUAGUUUCAAUUUGGCAGUUAGUGCCGCAUGUAGUAUCCCACAAAUUAGAAACUGUCUCGGUACAGUCCAAUCUAUUUACAACUUCUUCAAUACACCAAAACGACAAAUAGCACUUCAUGAUCAUGAAUCAGUUGGAACCUAUAUAGAUUUACAACCAGCUAUUAUUGAUGCCUUGGAAAACAUUUCAAGUACUUGGACAGAUUCAAAAACAACAUCCGGAUCUUUUCAACUCCUUUCAGCUAUAAAAACCUUACAGUUUCAAGUAUCAAUUCACAUUUUGCAUUCAGUACAUGCAUUGGCUUUAUCAUUAAGUAGAGUUUUACAAACAGAAAAUCAAGAUUUGGUUGAGACUGUUAAGUUAGCAGAUGCAGCAAAACACCAACUUGAACAAAGAAGACAAUAUUCUACAGAUAACUUCGACAAAAUUUUUGUGACUGUAGAAGAUAUUUGUAAGAAGUACAAUAUACCUGUGACUAAACCAAGACUUGCAUCACGUCAAACUAACCGUUCUAACAUUACAACAGACUCCGUAGCAGAUUAUUAUAAAAUUACUAUUUACAUACCCUAUCAUGAUUUAUUUAUCACUCAUCUUGAGGAUCGCUUCCUUAAACAUCGGAAUAUUUUGGCCAACUUCUCAUGCCUUUUUCCUAUUGAAACUAAAUCUUUAGACAAAGUUGCUUGUAAAACGUUGUUUGAAACCUACAGUUCAAUUUUACACGACGAUUCUCCAGAAAUUUGGAUAAGUGAGGUAGAAAUUUGGCAACGACGAAUAGUUGGUAAAAAUAUUCGAAACGCCCUUGAUGCCCUCGAUAUUUGUAAUGCAGAUGCAUUUCCAAAUGUUUAUAAAAUUUUACGUGUAAUGUCAGUUUUGCCUGUAACUACAACGACUAAUGAAAGGUCAUUUUCAACAUUACGUCGGCUGAAAACUUACCUUCGAUCAACAAUGGGUGAAGAUCGCUUAAAUGGACUGGCAUCAUUGAAUAUACAUCGAGAUAUAAACGUGGACAUAAACCAAGCAUUGAAUGAAUUCUUUUCUGUUCCUCUUCGACUGAGUUCACACUACACCGUGACGUGUAUUUUACCAGUCAGUGUGCUUUGA